AUGAAUAUAAAAUACUGCUUGUUCAUUCAAGUUCUAAUUUUCUAAGUAAAAUCGCAGUUCUCUGAUGCAUGCUAAGAACUUAGUACGUUCUUUGAUAGUGAAAAUAAUGAAUGCAAAAAAUGUGGUUAAAGCUGUUCUAUUUGUGCUUCUGAUGAUAAGUGCAUUCAGUGCUAACAAGAUUAUUAUUUGAAUUAACAAGGAAAAUGCUUAAAUAGCUGUGAGGAAGGUUAAUUAAAAGGUUUAAUUAAUCAAAAAUGUUAUUAGCCUCCAGAUUUAAACUGUUACGCAUAUGAUUAGCAAAAUUAUUGUAGUCUUUGUUAUGAUGGAUACAUUUUAAAUUAGAAUGGAAUUUGCAAAAAUGAGUUAUGCUCUCAAUUUUAAGGGCUUUAUGAUUAACAUACUAAAAAAUGCUCUUUAGAUGAGUUCUAUAUAUCAGAUUAAAGCUUUGAAUAAUAAAAUAAUGCAAAUUCUUCUCAAAGUAUUUAAAAUUAAUUCAAUUUUUAGUAUUCAUCUCUAAAAGAUGACUUAAAUGAAUAAAUCGUAGAAAUAAUUGCCUUAGAAGUUUUAAACUAUAAAAUAGUAAUUGGAAGAAUGAAAUAAUAUUUAAUAUUUUAUGACCAUGAAACUAUGUCUGCACUAUAAUCACUUGAUAUGUAAGCUCCUAUAACUCAAAUAGAAGCUGACGAAUAGUAACUUAAACUUUAUGUCUUAGUUUAACAUUCCAAAGCAUUAGAUUUUCAUAGUUAUGUGAUACGUUAUGUCUUAAAUACCUUAAUUUCUAUUGACUUAGUCUCUUAUGAAUAGAAUAUAAUCGUUUAAUAUAAAGAUAUUAUAGAUGAAGCUUUUUUUUCUCUGCAAUAUUUUAUAAUAAGAUAAUAAAAUAAUUUAAUAAUAAUUUUAUUAGAAGAUUUAACAACAAAAAUGCUCAAAACAUAAAAUUAAAUAACAAAUAUUUACUUCUUAUAAAACGAAGGCAUCAUUCUAUUCUAAGAUAAAACUAAAAAAUUUUAUUUGACAAAUCCUUUAUUCACAGCAUAUAAUUAAAUAAGUGAAAAUUUUUAGGAAAUAAUUGGUUUGAACUAAAUUCUAAAGCAAAGUUUUAUUAUAAUCUUAUAAAAAACUCGUAGAGGUGAAUGGUAAAAGAUGAUGCUUUAUACAGUAUAAAAAUAAAUAGAUGAUACAAACUAGAUCCGAUAUGUCUUACAAGAAAUAAUUCAUACAUUUGACUAAAUUUGCUAUGAUACUAAAAUUUAUACAACUAAAACAAAAGAUUUGAUGUAUAUUCAUAAUUGUCAAACAAUUGAAAUUUGGAGACUCGAUUAAAUGCUAAGUUCUAUAAAUGUUUUUAAUAAUAAGAACUAUUCAAUUUAAGAUGACUGCAUUAUUGUAUUAUUUGAAUAGCAAAUAGCUGUAUAUCUGAAUCCAGAAAGAGGGUCUCAAAUGACAAUAUAAACAUACAAUAUUAAUUUUUCAUACUUGACAAAAUCCAUUUAAAUACCCAUUUAAAAUAUAAUAAAAAUAAUGCUUGAAAAUGAAAAUUUAUACAUAAUAAAUUAAAAUGACCCAUAAGAUAUUCAAUAACUUUAAUUUAUUACACUUACUCCUCAUGAAAAAUAAGAAUGUACUAUUUAUUUUCCUAAAAAUUCAAUAGAUUCAUAGAAUUAUGAUUUUUCGUAAGUCUAAAUUGCCAAUAAUUUGAUUGCUUUUACAAAUUUUAACGGCUUAAUAGUAUUCAACUAUAAUUGUUCUAUGAUGAAUUUGGACGAUUCUGGUAAUAUAUAUCUUACAUAGCUUAAAGAAAUAUCUUACGAUUAUGCAGUUUCUAACUUCAUUAUUUAGAUAUUUUAAUAAACUCUUUAAUACAUCGAUAUGUCAUAUCCUUAUUUCUCAUACUAAUCGAUAACUUUUUAUGACGAAAUCUAAAGAGUUGAAGAAGUUUAAGGUUCUGAUUCUUUAUUACUAGUUAGAUUUAAUAAUGAUGUUUAUAAUGCUGUUUUAUUCAAUUGUUAUGAUAAUACUCAAAUCCAUAUUAACAAAUAAAUAGGCAACAUCAUGUAUUUCAAAAGUGAUGCUUUAUUCAUGAGCUAUCCAUAGAAUUAAUUAUUAGUUUAUUAAGUAUAAAGUAGGAGAAUCAACUAAAAUAUUUUCUAUAAUGCGAAAUAAUCAUUUUUAGUGAAUAGUGAGAAUUAAUAAGUGAUAGGAGAAACUUACUAAUAAAUUAUAUUUAUUUAAUCUUUAACUGAUGGUUCGAUAAAAUAAUAUUAAACUGAAAAGAAAAACCAUAAUCCAACUAAUAUAGUAGAAAAUUCAUCUAUAUACAUAACUUUAUAAUCAUAUAAUACUGAAGGUAAAAGUUUCUUAGCAAUAGAUGUUAAGACUGAUAAAUCAAGUUUUGUGAAGCAAAUAAAAUCUUAUAAAUUAUUAUAAAAUGGUGAUAAUUUUUUAAUCAUAGUUGUAAGCACUACAAAUAAUUGGACAGUAUUAGAUAAAAAAUUAAAUUCUCUUGGAGAUCUAGCCAAAAGCAUAAAAGGUUACUCUCCUUCGUUACUUUGGAAGGAGAAAUAAGAUUAUUAUUAUAUUUCACUUUCAUUUAAUAUGUUUACUAUUUUUGAUAUGUAAGGUUUGAUGAUCAGUGAAUAAAAUUUGUCAGCUUUGGAUGUAAUAAAAAAUAAAUAGAAUAUUAUUCUUUUUUAAGCAGACUAAAUAGCUUAAUAUUCUCUUAACGUUAGGAAAAAAAAGGUGACUUUAAUCAACUCAUUCUAAAUAAAUAGCUCUUUUAAACAAUUUAAUAUUGAUUCUUAAAAUAAUUUAAUUUACAUCUAAUUUGAAACUAAAUUUAUAGCACUCUAAAUCGAUACAUUAUAAUUAGUUUAAGAAAUAGAAAUCUAAAUUAAUUACAUAUUUUUAGGAAGUGAUCUUCUAAAUCAGGUCCAAAUAUUCAGGCAAUAAAAUACAAUUAUUAUUUUAUAAUUAUAAAAUGAGGAAUUAAAAUCUAUUCCUGUAGAUAUUGAUCUUUCUUCUAAGAGUUUCUUUAUUGACAGUGAAUUAGGAAUACUUGUUAUUACUGAAAAUAUAUCAAAUUAAAUUUAUUUAUUAACCUACAUAGCACAUUAUUAAUUUAAUAGUUUCUAGAUAGAUGUUAAUUCUAAUGAUUUAAGUUUAUUAGGAAUAACAUUUAAUUAUAAUUAUCACUUAUCUGUUUUAACAUUUGGUUCGUUAUAUUCAGUUUAAUUAGUUGAUGUAAAUUAUUUCUUUUAUCAAACAUAAAAAAUUAAAAUAGCUCCAGAUAAUUAAUCAUCUUUAGUUGGUUUAAAUAACGAAAAAGUUAUGAUAAUAAACAACGAUAUCAAAUAUCUAACUGUAUUUGAUAAUAAAUCUUAAAAGCUUGAGGAUAGUUUAUUAUUAGAUGAAUAGAUGGACUUUUCCAAUAUUGAAAAUUAUUAAAUAGUUAAUUUUAAAUAAUAUUACGAAAAUGUUCAUAGUAUUUACGUUAUGGGUAUGAAAGACAACUUAUUUGCAUACUUUUUAAAAAUCUUUGAAAUGUAAACUAAUGUUCAAAAUACCUAAUCAUAGGUGAUUUAUAUAAAAACAGUAGUAGUGAAAACAUCUAGUAUUAUUGAUAACUAUAAGCAUAUUAUUAUGUCAUCAUAAAUAACUUCUAGUGUAGAAACACUAAGAUAUUAAGUCUAUUACCAGCCUCCUACAACCAUCAAUUAGUUUCCAGUUAUAAAUAAUAUAAAAACAAGUUUAAGAAUUUAAAGAUUGGUAGCAUGCUCUUAUAUGUCAAUUUCACCAAUAGCUAAUAGCUAAAUUUUAAUUAAUAGCAAUAAUUAAAAAAGCUUUAAUUUUCUAAUAUGA